UAAGACUUCGUUCUCAAACAGAGGGUCCCCAGAACUCUUUCGUUCAACUGCCACCACCAUCCUUUCGCUCGACUUUCAUUAACAGAUCCCAAAAAUUUUUCUGCGAAGAUGAGGUUGAAAAACCUCAUUCCCACAUUCCUUUUUUCUCUUCCUCUUUUCUGCUCUUCUGUUGAUGCUCGUCGUCGUCAUAGAGAGGCUGGGCGUCAUCUCGCUCUGCACGAACGAGAAGUUGUUUCUCAACGCCAGUAUCGUCCUCAGCGCAUCUCGUCGCGCGACUUGAUUGAUAUCUGCAUCAACCUCGACGCAGUCGUCGAUGGCAACCCGCUGCUCGAGGAACUUUUUGUUGGACUUCACCUCUGUCUCUGUCUAAAGGAAAGGCAUACGGCGUGUUUCAUCGUUUGUUUACUAACCCGCCUUAUACAGGAUCUCGAUAUCUUUCUGGAUACUUACGUUGGCCUCGAUAUUCUCGGUCUUCGGGCCCUGGUUGAAGCUGAACUCAAAACCUUCUUUAAAUCCCAACCGGCCUGCGAUCCCCUCCCGGCCCACGCUCACCGUGCUUGCACUACCGAGGAUCCAUGCUCAUGCACAUGCGACUCUGGUUAUAUUAAGUCUGGUGGUGAAUGCGUCUGCCCUCCUCCCAACUCAGUUUGUAAUGGCGUCUGCGGUCAUUUCCCUCAUGGCUGCGGUGGCCGUCCAUCAUCUCUUCCUCGCUCACUCAAAAAACGCGCAGCUCAGGAACUCACGUUUGCCGACGCUCAAGCAUACUGCGGUGACAAACGAGUUUGUGGUGUUCCUGGUGACUCUGACCGUGCUUUCGAAUGCAUUGACAUCAAAACUUCUGACGACAGCUGUGGCGCUUGCUUAUAUGCACACCCUUGGUCACAGAACAGUGUGACUGUUGGAGGCCAAGACUGCUCUACAGUCUCGUCUCCUCAUGCACUUAGUCACCGCUGCGAAGAUGGCCAGUGCGUUGCAAACGAAUGCGCCAAAGGGUAUAUCGCUGGCACGGGUGGCUGUGUACCUUCAAGCCGUAUUAUUCCCCGAGUAGCUCUUGGAGCUCCUGUUCCAGUGGUCCUACCCAGCUCGGCCACGAGGAUUGAUUCUGACACCGCAACACAUGUUACUCCGGAUGCACCGCUCGCUAGCUCUACCACUGACCUUUCAUUGUCGAGUACAAUAGGCAGUCUUGACAAUCUUUCAAAUUCUGGUACUCUCAGUAGUCUUACAAGCCCAUCCGAUUCUCUCAAAGAACUCACCGACCUUGGUUCUCUUAGCGAUCUUAGUGGUGAGUUUAUAUAUAUAUAUGGAUAAGCUAUUUUGUACAUUUUUGUUCACGUUCUUCCUUCGGUAGGAGCAUCCUCUACGGUCUCCACUGUUCUUUCCAACAGAGACGAAGACUGUGGCUGUAAUAACGACGGUAGCGGCAGUAGCCAAGAUCACCCACCUCCACCUCCACCCCCGCCAUCAACCUCAUGCCCCACUUCCGGAUCUUCGAGUGCAUCUGGUACUUACGGUGACCUGAUCAACGGUCUUUUGGGUAGCCUUGGACUUC